AUGGCCGGAUCCGACAAACGACAUGCAAGCAGGGGAACCGGCGACAACUCGUGUACGGAGAAUCCUACGGUAGAGCUAGGUCCUCAGCGCCAGGAAGACGACUUCAAAGAAGGUGGCUAUGGCUGGGUCGUUGUCUUCGCCGUGUUCAUGUUGAACGCCCAUACGUGGGGUCUCAACUCUAGUUAUGCCGUGUUUCUCGCCCACUAUCUGAGGACUGGCGUCUUUGGAGACAGCCAGCUCGGGUACGCCUUCGUUGGAGGGUUAUCCAUUUCUAUUUCCCUUUUGGUUGCCCCGUUGGCGACUGUCCUUAUGGGGUGGGGGCGAUGUGGCACGCGGCUCACCAUAUUCAUCGGGGCCGUAUUUGAGACGAUCGCGUUUGUCGGCUCCUCUUUCGCUACCGAGUUAUGGCACAUCCUGCUCAGCCAGGGCCUGUCUUUCGGCGUAGGCUUGGGCAUGUGCUUCGUCCCGUCCGCGGCCGUCCCCCCGCAGUGGUUCGUAAAGCGCCGGUCGUUCGCCAGCGCCAUCACCGCCUCUGGGUCCGGGUUCGGCGGCCUGUGCUACUCGCUGGCCACGAACGCCAUGAUCUCUCGGGUCGGCCUCCCCUGGACCUUCCGCAUCCUGGCCAUCGUGUGCUUCGUGGUGAACAGCGCCGCUAGCUACUUCAUCAGGGACCGCAACAAGGCCAUCGGCUCCGUCCACGUGGCCUUCGAUUGGAGGCUCUUCAAACGCCUCCCCUUCCUCCUGUUCCAGGCUUGGGCAUUCCUCUCCCUCAUCGCCUAUGUCAUCCUCGUCUACAGCAUCGUCGACUACUGCCAAUCCGUCGGCCUGUCCGCCUCCCAGGCCUCCCUGGCGGCCGCAUUGUUCAACCGAAUUGGCCGGCCCCUCAUAGGACUGUCGAGUGACGCCGUCGGCCGUCUGAAUAUUGCCAACAUCUGCACCCUGUUCUGCGGCCUGAUCUGCAUGUUCUUUUGGACUUUCGCCGCCAAGGGCCUGGCAGCUUGCAUGGUCUUCGCCGUGCUGAGCGGCAGCGUCGCUGGCGUCAUAUGGGCCACCGCCGCCCCGCUAUGCGCCGAGAUCGUCGGCAUCGCCGUCAUCCCUUCCGCGCUCUCCGUCACCUGGCUCGUCCUCUUCCUGCCGGCGACGUUCGCCGAGGCUAGCGCCGUGGCGCUCCGGCGGCCCGGGCCCGGGGCAAUGUACAUCGGCGCAUUCGUCUUUGGUUGGGCCCUGAGAGCUUGGAAGGUCGGGGAACUCGGCGAAGCGCAACUCACCAAGGAACAGCGGGAACUGGCCACCCGCGACGACGGCGUGGUGGCGUCGUUAGAACACGGACCGCAGGCCGCCAACCAGAAACCUACUUCCGCCGAGCGGAGGCGAGCAGUCUUUCGGGGCCUAUGGGCUAUUGUACGUGUAUAA